AUGCCCACCUGCUCAGCCCAAGGGGAGCCCUGCUGCCCACCCACCCGCCCAUCACAGCCCGCUCCCGGCCUGCGGGACGCGGCGAUGCGGGACUCGGGGCGAAGAAACACAUUUCCUCCCUUUCCCCGAUGCUCAGGUGCGCCGUCCCGUCCCUCCACUGCCUUAAUCUCUUUCCUGCUUCCCCCAGAAGGAAGGGGGCACCUUCCCGUUCCUCCAGCACCGCCGCACUCGGGGCUUGGGGACGAUACCGAUGGCCUCUCCUCCUCCUUGGUCUCCCAGGAGCCGGCCCUGCCCGAGAGCGCGGAGACGGCCCCCGCUGCCACCUCUGGCGGUGCCCGGCGGGCGCGGGGCCGCGGCGGCCGGGCGGGAGCAGCCGCGGCGGGAGGGGGCGGGCGGGAGCCGCGCCCGCCCGGGCGGGGGGAGCGGCUGCCGCAGAGCCCCCGCGGUCCCCCCCGGGACCGAGACCCCCUYGGGGCGGUCGUUCCCCCCGCGGGAACGGGAAAGGGCCCGGCGGCCGCGGCGCGGUCGGACGCGAGCGCGGGAGCGCCGCCACCACCGCCAUCCUUCUCCCCCCAACCCCCUCCGCUCUGGACAAACCUCCGACCGCCGCUUCCUCUUCUGCCUCGCCGUCCCGACCGCGGGCAGCCGGGGGAAGAGGUGGGGGGGGGGGGAGGAGGAGGAUGCGGCGGCGGAUCCGGUCUCUCUCGCAGGCUGCGGAGGCGGCGGCGGCCCCAGGGCGCGCAGGCGCUGCUGCUAUUACCGCCGCCCCCCCCGCCUCUUCCUCCCCCUCCUCCUCCUCCUCAGCCGCCCGCCGUUACGGAGCGCCGCGCCCGSCCCGUCUGCGCAUGCUCGGCGCGCGUAGCGGCGGCGCGGGGGGGCGGCCGGGCCCGCCCCCGGUUUCCUGUUCCUUCUCCCGCCCGCCAGCGCCCCCUGCCCGCGCGCCAUGGCGGCCGCGCCUCAGGCGGGACCGAGCGGGGGCCCCGGCGCCCUCUGGUGGGAGGAGCGACCCACGGAGGCACACAAUCCGUCGGCUUGGAAAAGACCGCCGGGAUCGCCGAGUCCAACCUGCGAGCGAACACCGCUGCGUCAGCCUGGCGCUGA